GCGCGGAGAGAAAUUUGACUGCUCCAGUCACCAAUUAGGAGAGAGGUCGAGGAUAUGAGCCAAUCGGAGUGGGGAAAAGGGGUAGGACGCCAGCGUCCUCCCGCCCCCGAGAGGGUGAGCGCGGAAUGUCUCCGGCCCUCCCCUGCGCCUCAGCCUCAGUGCGGAGUCCUCGGCGGCGUGAGGAGAAGCGGUAGCCGGUAGCCUCGGUGGCGCAGCAGAAGCUGCGGGAACCGGUCCCGAAACCACACCCACGUCGCUGCUCCUGUCCUCUUUUGCCCUCUCGGCGUCCCACCGGAGACCGCGUUCCCGGAGGAGAGCGGCCGCCCACGCCCCGAGCAUCCUCCCCUGUCGAGCGGGCGCUGACAGACCCAGCGGCAUGAUGCGACUGCGAGGCUCGGCGAUGCUGCGGGACCUGCUCCUGCGGCCUCCCGCCGCCACCUGCGCGGCUCUGAGGCGGGCACAGCCCCUCGCCACACAGUGCCGGCGUCCCCAAGGCGGGGGACAGGGGGCCGCGGGCCCAGCGGCCGCCGCGCGACUCUACCCGUGGUGGGGCGGGGGCGGCCGGCCGGCGGGGCCCCUCGCGCGGGCACUGUCUAGCUCCCCCUCGGAGAUCCUGCAGGAGCUGGGCAAGGGGGGCCCGCAGCAGCAGCAGCAGCAGCAGCAGCAGCAGCAGCAACAACAUCCCGGGGCGUCGCCGCCCGCGGCCCCAUCGGCUCCCGGCCCCAAGGACGGCUCCGGGGAGACUGACGCGUUCGGCAACAGUGAGGGCAAGGAGCUGGUGGCCUCAGGCGAAAAUAAAAUAAAACAGGGUCUGUUACCUAGCUUGGAAGAUUUGCUGUUCUAUACAAUUGCAGAAGGACAAGAGAAAAUACCUGUUCAUAAAUUUAUUACAGCACUCAAAUCUACAGGAUUGCGAACGUCUGAUCCCAGGUUGAAAGAGUGUAUGGAUAUGUUAAGAUUAACUCUUCAAACAACAUCAGAUGGUGUCAUGCUAGACAAAGAUCUUUUUAAAAAAUGUGUUCAGAGCAACAUUGUUUUGUUGACACAAGCCUUUAGAAGAAAGUUUGUCAUUCCUGACUUUAUGUCUUUUACCUCUCACAUUGAUGAGUUAUUUGAAAGUGCUAAAAAGCAGUCUGGAGGAAAGGUUGCAGAUUAUAUUCCUCAGCUAGCCAAGUUCAGUCCUGAUUUGUGGGGUGUGUCUGUGUGUACAGUAGAUGGACAGAGGCAUUCUAUUGGAGAUACCAAAGUUCCAUUUUGUCUUCAGUCCUGUGUAAAACCUUUGAAAUAUGCCAUUGCUGUUAAUGAUCUUGGAACAGAAUAUGUGCAUCGAUAUGUUGGGAAAGAGCCAAGUGGAUUAAGAUUCAACAAACUGUUUUUAAAUGAAGAUGAUAAGCCACACAAUCCUAUGGUAAAUGCUGGAGCAAUUGUUGUGACUUCAUUAAUAAAGCAAGGAGUGAAUAAUGCUGAAAAAUUUGACUAUGUGAUGCAGUUUUUGAAUAAGAUGGCUGGCAAUGAAUAUGUUGGAUUCAGUAAUGCAACGUUUCAGUCUGAAAGAGAAAGUGGAGAUCGAAAUUUUGCAAUAGGAUAUUACCUAAAAGAAAAAAAGUGUUUUCCAGAAGGCACAGACAUGGUUGGUAUAUUAGACUUCUAUUUCCAGCUAUGCUCCAUUGAAGUAACUUGUGAAUCAGCCAGUGUGAUGGCUGCAACACUGGCUAAUGGUGGUUUCUGUCCAAUUACUGGUGAGAGAGUACUGAGCCCUGAAGCAGUUCGAAAUACACUGAGUUUGAUGCAUUCCUGUGGCAUGUAUGAUUUCUCAGGGCAGUUUGCUUUCCAUGUUGGUCUUCCUGCAAAAUCCGGAGUUGCUGGGGGCAUUCUUUUAGUUGUCCCCAAUGUCAUGGGCAUGAUGUGCUGGUCUCCUCCUCUGGACAAGAUGGGCAACAGUGUUAAAGGAAUUCAUUUCUGUCAUGAUCUUGUUUCUCUCUGUAAUUUCCAUAACUAUGAUAAUCUGAGACACUUUGCAAAAAAACUUGAUCCUCGAAGAGAAGGUGGUGAUCAAAGGCAUUCCUUUGGACCAUUGGACUAUGAAAGUCUCCAACAAGAACUUGCUUUAAAAGAGACAGUAUGGAAAAAAGUGUCACCUGAGUCAAAUGAGGACAUCUCUACAACUGUAGUAUAUAGAAUGGAAAGUCUGGGAGAGAAAAGCUAAAGAAAUGGGUUCUAGUUUCAGAAUGUUCUUCAUUUAACCUCUCAAACAUCUUUAGCUUUUUGCAUACUAUAAAUAUUUAUUUGAGUUUUUUGUGUUCUCAACCUUGGGUGCUGGAGCCAUAAAGCUUUUUUUCCUUUUAAUUUUUGUAUAAAGAUAAGAGAUUAAAAAGUGGAUUUGUUGGUCUUUAAAAAAGUAUUUAUAAAUAAGUAAAGCAAAUUUGCUUUAUUUUUGAAGAUGCAAAAAGGAAAAAUUCCUUUAAAUUUUAUCAUGGUAUAAUUAAAAUUUUAACUUAAUCCUCAUUUUAAAAUAGUAACAAAUAUUUAAUUUUUUGGUUCUAAAACCCACACACUGAACUCAUAAAUUUCAUUACAUUUUGUAUUUUCUUUCCCAGUUUUAAAACUUACAUGAUGUCUGUAGGGGCAGUAGAAAGUUAUUUCUAUGCUAAAUAUAAAACUAAAAAGGCAAAAUUAAUGAAUCCCAAAUUAUUUAAUAUAGCAGUAGAUUAUAAAAUUAGCUUAAGUUUAUAUUUUAUGCCAUUUUUAGUGAUAGAUUGGCUUUAAAUUUUUAAAACUUCAUUUUAAAUUUUAUCAAACAGUUCAAAAUAUAAAUCAUGUCUUUGCUUUUUUUAUUUUGCAAUUCCUCUAUGUUCUGUCAAAAUUGUCAUGUACAGGAGUGUCUUAUGUUACUAAAACAUUCCAGCCAAAGAAUUUCAGAAGUAAGAUAAUGACGUUUCACUGUUAAAAAGCUAUAAUGGUUACUCAGAAGGAGCAACAGUGGGUGUCUUCAAGUGAAAUGUUUACCUGAACAAUUUUAUUUUCAUAUUAUCCACAUUACUUUUUCUGUGUUAUAUUUAAGUAUGAAUGGUGAAGUCUUGGGUUUUAGCUUUUAAUAUUUUUAUUAUCCUAAUAAUUUCACAAAUGCUAAUGAAUCUUUUAUGAUAAAUUAUAAUAACAUCUCAUAAAGUUUGUUUUAUUUGAACUCUUUUGGAGUACUUAGGAAAUGAAUUCAAUCUGAUGGUAGUAAGUAUGCUACUAAAAUGUUAGAUCUGAAUCCUUUUGUUUGGUUAUAAAAUGCAAUAUUGAGAAUCAAAACUUGUUUUUAAGAGAAGGACUAUUUUGAAUAAUUUAAAAGGUUUAAAGUCUGUCUUGGCAAAGUGAUUGUAAAAUUCUGUAGGACCUAUUCACACUUCUUCCUUCUUCCAAAUAUCUCUUCGGUUUUCCCCCCAGUUUCCCACACCUACAAGGUGUUUUUGGUUUUUUAUCCAUUCUUAAACUUGUAGAUUUUGGAGGGGCAGUGAUGGGGUCUGGGGUCUAGAAGGAGAACUUGAUAGUUUGUUUUUUUUAGUGUUAUGGCAUAUAUGUGGUAGAUAACAUCUAUGAAAGUAAAUAAUAGUGUAGUAAAAAAGGUUUCACUGAGUAAUUUAGAUACUGGUGCAAAAUAAAUAUAGAAAACCUGAUCAUAUGAUGUCUGGAGCUUGGGAACUAUGAUAAUAGAAAAAGAAGUUCCCUUCCAAAGGUAUUGGUCAGAAGCUUUUUGGGCUAACUUAAGUAUUAAACUUAAAUAUUUAAAUAAUUAUAUGUUAAGUUUUAAAGGAUUUUAUGGUUACUUGAAUAUUUCUCUAAUGUAUAAAUGCAUAUCUCACCGGAUACUUCUGGCUUGGCCGUUUAUAGGGGAGUGGUUUUUUUGAAGUCCUCACCUCUGCAACACCUUUAAACAGUAUCAUUUGUACUAUGAGUUCCACCAAAGCCAUUUACAGUUUGGGGAAUGUCUUAAUUGAUAGAUUGGGGAAAAAGUUUUACUUUUUCCCCUAUGCUCUAAAUUGUUACACUUUACUAUUUCAUUUGGAGAUUGGUUUUACUUUAUAAAAUGAAAAUUUAAUAUUUCCUAUUGUGUCCAUAUGUAUAGAUUUCAAAAUUAUGUUGUUAAUUUACGGCACUUAUGUUGGUAAGUGCACACUUACCAGGGAAGUAGCAUUAUCUAAGCUAACUGUGUUUUAAAAGUCUUGUUAAGGAUGAGCAUCCAGAAAUUUUUGUAGGAAGGUAUCCAAAUGGAAGAAGAGGGAAGAUACUGUGAAUAGGCCCCCAAACUUUACCUUAAGAAAAAAAAAAAAAAAGGAAAAUCUUUGCCAGAUUUAAGGACAUUCUUUAAAUUGAUUCCUUCAGUAUUUUUAAUACCUUUUCAAAUAAAAUUCUUGAAAAGUACCCAGUAUUGUGGAUUUAAUGUUUCAUGCCAUUAUUGAUUCUUGAUAUUCAAGCAUUUAGAAAUUAGCACAUUUGUUUUUCCUUUUUUUUAUUAACAUUUCGUUUGAAAUGCAUAUCCUUCCUGAAAUACUUUAUUUUUAGCAUAAAUGUUGUGCAUUUUAUCUUAGUGUUUAGAUUAAAACAUUUGUGUUAUUUAGCUUUCUUUCAUUUGCUUUGUAUAUUUAAUAAUGUACCUUUUAUUUUCCAGUAUGCCUUUUUGUAUUGUACAAUAAAUUUAUUUUAAGCUGAUUUUAUUGGUUUUUUUUUGAUGAAAGCAACUCUAGCAUUUUAAGUACAAGUAGUUGAAUUUUAACAAAAGAUUUGCUUUAUCAAGAUACUAUUAAAAUGUUUUAUAUUUUUAAUUCUGAGGCUGUUGUGAAGAGAUACUAGAAAUACUCAAAAGGGCUUUGUUUGAUUUUUUUAUUUUUAAGCGAAGUAUAGAGUUAGUGGGGUUUUUUGAGGGAGAGGACAUUUCCUAUUGGUUGUACUAGAAGUAUUUGAAUAAAGACUUUUCACCCAA